UCUUCUCAAGACGAUUUCCAUAGUAACCUGAUCAAGUGGCUCAGUAUCGCAAACCUGAGGAUUUCCGCGGCCCGCCGGCUUGACCUCAGUCAGGUUGAGGGGAACUGCAUAAUUCUUUAUUAAAAUGGAAAACUGUGAAGAAAGAAAAAGAUAGCAGUUGGAGUUAAAAUUCCUGGAUGAGUAUUUUGUUUUUUGAGACGUCAGCAUUUAAAAACGAUAUGCUGAUUUGGAAAGUCUUGGGAGUACAUUGCAAAAUUCAUCUUUUUCAUUCAAUAAAUGGACUUUUUAAUCACUCCUUGGAGUUGAGGAAGUUCAGAGACCAUGUGUGAUGGGACAUGUGGCAUGCUGGUGUUUCCCUGGUGAUUACAUUUUGGAUUAGGUUGCUGCCUAUUUGAAGAGAUUCCAUUUUGAAAAGCAAGAACCCACUGUGAUGGAUGUCUCUUCAGAGAUGAGCAGACAUGGGAAGAAUCCAGUGAGUCACAAGCUAGAAGAUCAGAAGAAGAUUUACACGGACUGGGCCAACCACUACCUAGCAAAAUCAGGCCACAAGCGGCUGAUCAAGGAUUUGCAGCAAGACAUUGCAGAUGGAGUCCUGCUAGCUGAAAUCAUCCAGAUCAUUGCAAAUGAAAAAGUUGAAGAUAUCAAUGGAUGUCCUAGGAGUCAGUCUCAGAUGAUUGAAAAUGUUGAUGUCUGCCUUAGUUUUCUAGCAGCCAGAGGAGUAAAUGUUCAAGGUCUAUCUGCUGAAGAGAUAAGAAAUGGAAACUUAAAAGCCAUUCUAGGGCUGUUUUUCAGUUUGUCUCGCUACAAGCAGCAACAACACCAUCAGCAACAGUAUUACCAGUCCUUGGUGGAGCUUCAGCAGCGAGUCAGCCACGCCUCCCCUCAGGCUGAAGCCAGUCAGGCCAAAACCCAACAAGAUAUGCAGUCCAGUCUGGCAGCCAGAUAUGCAACUCAGUCUAAUCACAGUGGAAUUGCAACCAGUCAAAAAAAGCCUACUAGGCUUCCGGGUCCCUCUAGGGCACCAGCUGCAGGCAGCAGCAGUAAAGCCCAGGGAGCCUCUAAUUUAAAUAGGAGAAGUCAGAGCUUUAACAGCAUUGACAAAAACAAGCCUCCAAAUUAUGCAAAUGGAAAUGAAAAAGAUUCCUCCAAAGGACCUCAACCAUCUUCAGGUGUAAAUGGUAACACACAGCCCCCUGGCACUGCUGGGCAGCCCCCUGUAUCCGCCAUCCCUUCUCCAAGUGCCAGCAAACCCUGGCGCAGCAAGUCCAUGAAUGUCAAGCACAGCGCCACCUCCACCAUGCUGACGGUGAAGCAGCCCAGCCCAGCCACCUCUCCCACACCAUCUGCAGACAGACUGAAGCCCCCGGAUGGGGUCAAAACAGCUCCCUCGGGACAGAAAUCCAUGCUUGAAAAAUUCAAGCUGGUCAAUGCCCGGACUGCUUUACGCCCCCCACAGGCUCCCAGUUCAGGACCCAGUGAUGUCGGGAAGGAUGACGAUGCCCUUUCUGAAUCUGGUGAAAUGGAAGGUUUUAGCAGUGGUCUGAAUAGUGGUGGCUCAACCAAUAGCAGCCCCAAAGUGUCACCUAAAUUAGCUCCUCCAAAAGCUGGAAGCAAAAAUCUCAGCAAUAAAAAAUCUUUGCUACAGCCAAAGGAAAAAGAGGAAAAGAACAGGGACAAAAAUAAAGUUUGCACUGAAAAACCAGUCAAGGACGAGAAGGAUCAGGUGACGGAGACGGCUCCAAAAAAGACCUCUAAAAUUGCAAGCUUGAUCCCAAAAGGUAGCAAGACGACAGCAGCCAAGAAAGAAAGCUUAAUCCCCUCUUCCAGCGGCAUUCCAAAACCGGGCUCGAAGGUGCCAACAGCAAAGCAAACCAUUUCACCUGGCAGUGCAGUGAGCAAAGAGUCAGAAAAAUUGAGGACUACCAAGGGAAGCCCUUCCCAGUCCUUAAUUAAGCCCGUUACCUCUGACAAAGCGAGCACGUCCAAUUGCCCUGCUUCUUUGGAAGGAAGGGAAGCCAGCCAAGCCUCCCCCGCUGGUCCCUGUGCUGUGCUCGGGGCACAAGGCAGCGGGCAGACCACGGGGAACGGUGCCGUCCACCUGCCUCAGCAGCAGCACCACAGCCACCCCAACACUGCCACGGUGGCUCCCUUCAUUUACAGAUCACAUUCAGAAAAUGAAGGCACCUCUUUACCAUCUGCUGACUCCUGCACCAGUCCUACUAAGAUGGAUGUAUCAUAUAAUAAAACUGCUAAGCAGUGCCUAGAGGAGAUAUCUGGUGAAGAUCCUGAAACAAGAAGAAUGAGAACAGUUAAAAACAUAGCAGACUUGAGGCAAAAUUUAGAGGAAACUAUGUCCAGUCUUCGUGGGACCCAGAUAAGCCACAGCACCCUGGAGACAACAUUUGACAGCACUGUGACCACAGAGGUGAACGGAAGGACCAUACCCAACUUGACAGGCCGCCCCACUCCCAUGACCUGGAGGUUGGGUCAGGCAUGUCCUCGGCUUCAGGCUGGAGAUGCCCCUUCCCUGGGGGCUGGCUACCCUCGCAGUGGUACCAGCCGAUUUAUCCACACGGACCCCUCGAGGUUCAUGUACACAACGCCUCUCCGUCGAGCAGCUGUCUCUCGAUUGGGAAACAUAUCACAGAUUGACAUGAGUGAGAAAGCAAGCAGUGACCUGGACAUGUCUUCUGAAGUUGACGUUGGUGGAUAUAUGAGUGACGGUGAUAUUCUUGGAAAAAGUCUCAGGGCUGAUGACAUCAACAGUGGGUACAUGACAGAUGGAGGGCUCAACCUUUAUACUAGAAGUCUGAACCGAAUCCCAGACACGGCAACUUCCAGGGAUGUCAUCCAAAGAGGGGUUCACGAUGUGACAGUGGAUGCAGACAGCUGGGAUGACAGCAGCUCUGUGAGCAGUGGCCUCAGUGACACCCUCGAUAAUAUCAGCACAGACGACUUGAAUACUACAUCCUCAGUCAGCUCUUACUCUAACAUCACUGUCCCUUCCAGGAAGAACACUCAGCUGAAGACAGAUUCAGAGAAACGUUCUACAACAGAUGAGACAUGGGGUGCUACCGAGGAGCUGAAGAAAACAGAAGAGGACCUGGAGAGCCAUGGGGAUGGCGGUGGCAAGUGGAAGGCUGUUUCCUCGGGACCUGCUGACGACUCAGAGAAGACAGGGCAGAAAGCCUCCCUGUCCAUCUCCCAGACAGGUUCCUGGAGAAGAGGCAUGUCUGCCCAAGGAGGAGCGUCCUCUAGGCAGAAAGCUGGAACAAGUGCACUCAAGACCCCUGGGAAAACCGAUGAUACCAAAGCUUCUGAGAAAGGCAAAACUCCUCUCAAAGGAUCGUCUCUACAGAGGUCUCCUUCAGAUGCAGGAAAAAGCAGUGGAGAUGAAGGGAAAAAGCCCCCUUCGGGCAUUGGAAGAUCAGCUGCUCCUGGCUCUUUCGGAUUUAAGAAGUCAAGCGGCGUGGGGUCAUCUGCUAUGAUCACAAGCAGUGGAGCCACAAUUACAAGCGGAUCGGCUACACUCGGUAAAAUUCCCAAGUCCGCUGCCAUCGGUGGGAAGUCCAGUGCCGGGAGGAAAACCAGUCUUGACGGCUCACAGAACCAGGACGACGGCGUGCUGCACGUGAGCUCCAAGACGUCCCUGCAGUACCGCAGCCUGCCCCGCCCUUCCAAAUCCAGCACGAGUGGCAUCCCCGGCCGAGGCGGCCACAGGUCCAGCACCAGCAGUAUUGAUUCCAAUGUCAGCAGCAAGUCGGCUGGUGCCACCACCUCGAAGCUCAGAGAACCUACUAAGAUCGGGUCAGGGCGCUCCAGUCCUGUCACUGUCAACCAGACAGACAAGGAAAAGGAAAAAGUAGCAGUCUCAGAUUCAGAGAGCGUUUCUUUGUCAGGGUCCCCCAAAUCCAGUCCCACCUCUGCCAGUGCCUGCGGGACGCAAGGGCUCCGGCAGCCAGGAUCCAAGUAUCCUGACAUUGCCUCUCCUACGUUUCGAAGGUUGUUUGGUGCCAAGGCAGGUGGCAAAUCUGCCCCUGCACCUAAUACUGAGGGUGUGAAAUCCUCCUCAGUCAUGCCCAGUCCUAGUACCACUUUAGCGCGGCAAGGCAGUCUGGAGUCACCGUCGUCUGGUACGGGCAGCAUGGGCAGUGCUGGUGGGCUGAGUGGCAGCAGCAGCCCUCUCUUCAAUAAACCCUCAGACUUAACUACAGAUGUUAUAAGCUUAAGUCACUCGUUGGCUUCCAGCCCAGCGUCGGUUCACUCUUUCACAUCAGGUGGUCUCGUGUGGGCUGCCAAUCUGAGCAGUUCCUCUGCUGGCAGCAAGGACACUCCGAGUUACCAGUCCAUGACUAGCCUCCAUACGAGCUCUGAGUCUAUUGACCUCCCCCUCAGCCACCACGGCUCCCUGUCUGGACUGGCCACAGGCGCUCACGAGGUGCAAAGCCUGCUCAUGAGAACGGGUAGUGUGAGAUCUACUCUCUCAGAAAGCAUGCAGCUUGACAGAAAUACACUACCCAAAAAGGGACUAAGAUACACCCCGUCAUCUCGGCAGGCCAACCAAGAAGAGGGCAAAGAGUGGCUGCGCUCCCAUUCCACUGGAGGGCUUCAGGAUGCUGGCAGUCAGUCACCUCUGCUCUCCCCUUCCGCCAUGUCAUCUUCGGCAGCAGGAAAAUACCACUUUUCCAACUUGGUGAGUCCAACCAAUCUGUCUCAAUUUAACCUUCCUGGGCCCAGCAUGAUGCGCUCAAAUAGCAUCCCAGCCCAAGACUCUUCCUUCGAUCUCUACGAUGACUCCCAGCUUUGUGGGAGUGCCACAUCUCUGGAAGAAAGGCCACGUGCCAUCAGUCAUUCAGGCUCGUUCCGAGACAGCAUGGAAGAAGUUCACGGCUCUUCAUUAUCACUGGUCUCCAGCACUUCUUCUCUUUACUCAACAGCUGAGGAAAAAGCUCAUUCAGAGCAAAUCCAUAAAUUGCGGCGAGAGCUGGUUGCAUCACAAGAAAAAGUUGCUACCCUCACAUCUCAACUUUCAGCAAACGCUCACCUUGUAGCAGCUUUUGAAAAGAGUUUAGGGAAUAUGACUGGUCGACUGCAAAGUCUAACUAUGACAGCAGAACAGAAGGAGUCUGAACUGAUAGAACUAAGAGAAACCAUUGAAAUGCUGAAAGCCCAGAACUCUGCUGCCCAGGCAGCUAUUCAGGGAGCACUCAACGGUCCAGACCACCCUCCUAAAGAUCUCCGCAUCAGAAGACAGCAUUCCUCUGAAAGUGUUUCUAGUAUCAACAGUGCCACAAGCCAUUCCAGCAUUGGGAGUGGUAAUGAUGCUGACUCCAAGAAAAAGAAAAAGAAAAACUGGCUGCGAAGCUCAUUCAAACAAGCCUUUGGGAAGAAAAAGUCCACCAAGCCUCCUUCCUCACAUUCGGACAUUGAAGAGCUUACUGACUCAUCCCUUCCAGCAUCCCCUAAAUUGCCCCAUAAUGCGGGUGACUGUGGGUCCACAUCCAUGAAGCCCUCACAAUCCGCCUCAGCGAUCUGUGAAUGCACAGAGGCUGAGGCAGAGAUAAUUCUGCAGCUGAAGAGCGAGCUCAGAGAAAAGGAAUUAAAAUUAACAGAUAUCCGACUGGAGGCACUCAGCUCCGCUCAUCACCUUGACCAGAUCCGGGAAGCCAUGAACCGGAUGCAGAAUGAAAUUGAAAUACUGAAGGCAGAAAAUGACCGGUUGAAGGCAGAAACCGGUCACACAGCUAAGCCUGCUCGUCCCCCGUCAGAGUCCUCAAGUAGCACGUCCUCCUCAUCUUCACGCCAGUCGUUAGGACUGUCUCUGAACAACUUGAAUAUCACAGAGUCUGUUCCCUCAGAUAUUUUGCUCGAUGAUGCUGGUGAUACAACUGGACACAAAGAUGGCCGCAGCGUGAAAAUUAUAGUCUCCAUAAGCAAGGGCUACGGCCGGGCAAAGGAUCAGAAAUCUCAGGCCUAUUUGAUAGGAUCCAUUGGUGUUAGUGGAAAAACCAAGUGGGAUGUCUUAGAUGGAGUAAUUAGACGUCUCUUUAAGGAAUAUGUGUUCCGAAUUGAUACAUCCACUAGCCUUGGUCUGAGCUCUGACUGCAUUGCUAGCUACUGUAUAGGAGAUCUAAUUAGAUCCCAUAGCCUAGAAGUGCCUGAACUGCUGCCUUGUGGAUACCUUGUUGGAGAUAAUAACAUCAUUACUGUGAACCUGAAAGGGGUAGAAGAAAACAGUUUGGACAGUUUUGUUUUCGAUACACUGAUUCCUAAACCAAUUACCCAAAGGUACUUUAACUUGUUGAUGGAGCAUCACAGAAUUAUACUCUCGGGACCCAGUGGUACUGGAAAGACCUAUUUAGCAAACAAACUUGCUGAAUAUGUAAUAACCAAAUCUGGAAGAAAAAAAACAGAGGAUGCAAUUGCCAUUUUUAAUGUGGACCAUAAGUCAAGUAAGGAGUUGCAACAGUAUCUAGCUAACCUGGCUGAACAGUGCAGUGCUGAUAAUAAUGGUGUAGAGCUUCCUGUUGUAAUAAUUCUUGAUAAUCUUCAUCAUGUAGGCUCUCUGAGUGAUAUCUUCAAUGGUUUUCUCAACUGUAAAUACAACAAAUGUCCAUAUAUUAUUGGAACAAUGAAUCAGGGAGUUUCUUCAUCACCAAAUCUAGAGCUGCAUCACAAUUUCAGGUGGGUGCUAUGUGCAAACCACAGAGAACCAGUGAAAGGGUUUUUAGGCAGAUAUCUUCGAAGGAAAUUGAUAGAGAUAGAAAUUGAAAGGAAUAUACGCAAUAAUGACUUAGUCAAAAUUAUAGAUUGGAUUCCUAAGACAUGGCAUCAUCUCAACAGUUUUCUGGAAACACACAGUUCUUCUGAUGUUACCAUUGGUCCCCGACUUUUCCUUCCUUGCCCUAUGGAUGUAGAAGCUUCUAGAGUAUGGUUCAUGGAUCUCUGGAACUAUUCUUUGGUUCCUUACAUUCUGGAAGCAGUGAGAGAAGGUCUUCAGAUGUAUGGGAAGCGGGCACCUUGGGAAGACCCCUCAAAGUGGGUGCUUGACACAUACCCAUGGAGCUCAGCAUCCCUGCCUCAGGACAGUCCAGCACUACUUCAGCUGCGACCAGAAGAUGUUGGGUAUGAGGGCUGCAUAUCCACAAAGGAAGCCACAACCUCAAAGCACAUUCCACAGAGUGACACGGAAGGGGAUCCUCUGAUGAAUAUGCUAAUGAAACUCCAAGAAGCAGCCAAUUACUCGGGCACACAAAGCUGUGACAGCGAUAGCACCAGCCACCAAGAAGACAUUUUAGAUUCAUCUCUCGAAUCAACUCUCUAGAGGGUGAAGAAAGUUGGGGGAAAAGACUAAUGCUUUUUCAAAAUGUUUCAAAAGUAAAGUAUUUUCACUAAACCACUGCCAGUAUGAAAGCACCCUGUCAGGGGCCCUGACCCAGAGUUGUGGUCUCCAAGGAGGCAGCUGAACUGAGUCUGAACCGCCAAGAUGCUAAAUUGAAAUGGGAGCUUAACUUUAUUUUGUUUCUAGGCGUUUUUAUACCCGUGGAGUGAUGUGCGGCUCCACCGCUCCACUGGAAAGGACCCUAAUGACAGGGCACCCGAAUAGAUUGCACAUGGGAUAGCCAAACUGGACUUUGUUUUUCUCCUCUUUAAAAGUUUACAGUGCAGACCUUUUUUUGUCCCCUCCUUUCGUUUCCCCCGAGGGGCUGUCGUCCCCAGGCAGGGCCCCUUCUCCGUCCAACCUCCUGUGUGCCACAUGGUGCUGGUCCCGGGGCUCAGGUAGUGUUCGUGUGGUGUGCUCACCCCAUUCCAAAAGGCAGCCGAGAGGCCAGCCCUCCAUCAGCACAAAGGGAAUCGUGCUACCGCCGGGAAAACACUACUGAGGCAAGCUGGAAACGUGCCAACGUGAUUCCUAACGGCCACGUUCACAUGAUGUGCUCCGCCAACUUUUCCGUGUAUGAGUCACAGGUUUUAUAAGGUUGUUUUUACCACAGUGGUCUUUUUAAACCACCUGCCCACUCCCUUAACCAGAGUUUUAUACCAAUUAUUAGUCAACACUGACAAAAGGCUUUUUAGGGCUUUGUUCGUUUGAGCCUUUUCAGUGAAAGAAGGAACAUUUCCUAUGGUGCUGUCUCACUGCCUUAAAACAGAUUUCUACAACAGUUUAACAGCUGGUUUAAACCCUAAACCACUGGUAAUUUCCACUGUCUUUUCAUUUACAACCUAGCAACACCAGUUAACACAGUAGCCUCAUCUCUAGAGAUCUUCUUUUGUUGGGUUUUUUUUUUUUUUUUGGAAGAAUUGGAUAGGAGAACAAAGAUCAGUAUUUGUUCCUUGCGUAUUUAGAUUGCCUUUCCUCCAAAAUGUUCAAGUAACCCGGAAACCCUCUUUGACCGUCACUUAAAAGCGAAGACAUGUGGCUGAACUCCAUCCAGUUCUAGGCAAAAGAGUUUGAGAAGGAGGGAGAUUUGGAAUUCUUAUCCAGCACCGCUGGAAGCACUAGAUGUAACAUGAGCACAACGAUCUGGCUUUCCUCCCUGAUUCCUUUUCAUAUUAUUAUUACUGUUACUCUUAGUUUUGAGCAUGUUGUUUCGAUUGCUAUUGUCGUACAUGAGAAAUUCAGCAUUAAAGAACACUGAAGCAGUGUAGUCACUGUGGAAGAGAAAGCGUUUAUACUGUAAAAGAAGGUUAGAUUUGCACAGUCUACUGGGUAGGUAUUGUAAAUAAUCAUUUUAAAAACUUGCACAAACCCAAACCAACACACACGAAAAUGUAUUUUAUCCCGUUGGUGUGAAGCAGUGUUUCGCUUGCUGAGAUUUCCUGUACAUUGCAAACAAAUACAGAAUGCAAACCCUUGAAGCUGUUAUUAUCUGGUGUGUUUGUCCUGUACUUAACAGUUGUUAUGACUAUGCAGGAGCUAUCAGUGCUAGAGUGAGCAUGCUUCAAAACUGUUCAUGAAGCCAAUACGUAUUUGGAAAAGAGAAACGUCUGAAAGUGCAUCUGCUGUGGCAGGCUUUAAAGAGAGUGCAUGAAAACUGAUGGGAAUCAUUGGAGAAGUUACCACCACACAGAGGACGGGUUUUAAGUUUUUAGAACCGAAGGGCUAGGCCCUGGUGUAGACUUGUCCUAUGCACGUGAACACAUGUUGCUUGCAGGAGGUGCCAUUGGUGCUACUCUCUGUGACCACCCGUGGGUCAGUUGCUCUAGAACAAUAACAACACAAGACAUCUGUGCAGUUUUCAGAGUGUCUCUCAGUCUCUAGGUCCUACACGGUGCUAUUGUCCUAAGGGAAAUCUGAACUGAAUUUAUGCACAUGGAAGUGUCACCCUGACUUUGAAGCCUCAAACAUGGAUCAAAGCUGUUCUGAAACAUCACUCUAUGUAGCUGGAUGAGUGACCAGUUGCCCUUGUAUAAUACGUGAUCUAAAGCAAUUGCUAAUCUUUUCCCUGCCAUUUCGAGAAACACGAUCCAAACAUGAUCAUACACAGAAAUUCCUGCAAUACAUCCCAGUAGGUUCACCUAGUUUACAACUUAAACUAGUUUGUGAAACAUUUGUCUGUAUACAUUUUAUAUUUUGUACAUUUUUGAUGUAACAUAUCAUGUAAAUAGGCAGAAACAGUGAAAUAAAUCAUCUGCAAAGUUUUGUAGUCUUUGUAAAGCCCCGACAAUAAGUACUUGGUGUCAAUGGACUUAACUGGAUGAUGUAUUUUCUAUUGGUUUAUUGUUCCUCUAGCUUGUAAACCAGCUUGCAUAUAUUUUUUUGCAAAUGUGCACCCUGUAUCUGUCUAAAUUAUUACUUUGCCAUUAAAGUGGAAUUAUUUAUUGACAA